CUCCAGGACGCAAUCUUCCACAUCACUCUGUCCAAGAAGCUCCAUCGCAGUGAUCGAGAUGCGUUUGCUCGUGUUUGUGCUCCUCGCAUGCGUCCUGACCAUUGAGGGCGCCAAGUUUACGCCGCGAAUUCUCGGAACACGCCGUUACGGUUUCCAUAGAUUCAAAAAUCAGAAUUUCGUUGGUCGUGAAGAUCCCGACAAGGAAGUGGCUCUUGUGCAUGUGCUCUUCCGUCAUGGACACCGUACGCCAGCGGAUACAUACCCAAAUGAUCCCUAUGUGAAUGAAACAUUCCAUCCCUAUGGCUGGGGGCAGCUGACUAAUCCGGGGAAGAAGUAUCUCUUCGAAAUGGGAGAGUACCUCCGUCGACGGUACGAUGGCUUCCUGGGAAAGCUGUACCAGCCUGAUUAUCUGCACGCCCAAACAACAGGUGUGACACGCACGAGGAUGUCCAUGUUGCUCGUCUUGGCUGGGCUGUGGCCACCAAAAGAUACACCCAGUGAGUGGAAUAGGAAGCUUAACUGGCAACCCAUUCCCAUUGAAUCCGAACCACUGGAUAAAGACACUUUACUUCUUGUUCGGACUCCCUGCCCGAGGUAUCCAGAAUCCGUGGAAGAAGUGCUCAAAUCUCCUGAAGUUGAAUCUCAAAUUGCUCCCUAUGUGGAUAUGAUGAAGGAACUCACUGAGAUUACUGGAUUGGAGAUUAAAACUCCCGAUGAUGUGCAAUCAUUGUUCAGCACACUCAAAGCUGAAGAAGAGUACGGAUUGAAGUUACCCGAAUGGACGAAACGCUUCUUCCCAGUUCGUCUGAUUCCUCUCACAGAACUCAGCUACAUUUGGAACGUUCAAACGCAGGAGAUGAAGCGCCUCAAGGCAGGUCCCUUCCUCCAGAAACUCGUGGAUGAGUGGAAGGCAGCCUCUGAGGGAACCCUGAAGCCCAAAGAUAGAAAGAUGUACCUCUACACUGGUCAUGAUUCCUCCAUUGUCAACGUCUUGCAUGCUCUUGGUGUUUGGGAUGUUCAGCUGCCCGAUUAUGCCAUAAUGGGAAUUUUUGAACUUGUUCGUGAUCGUCCAACGGGCAAAUAUGGUGUCCAACUGUACCUCCGCAACUCCACAGCUGAACCAACCCCACUAACCAUUCCCGGAUGCGAAUUCUUCUGCCCCCUCGAGAAGGCUUUUGGGCUCAUUGCUCCAGUUUUACCCAUUAAUCGUGAGGAGGAGUGCAAAUCAAAAGAUCCUGAUUUUGUAACUCCACCACCAAGUGGUCCAAUUUGCCUCACAUAUUUUCUGCCACGAGGCUGUGGGUUCGACGCAUCCGGAAAUCCCCGCGCAGAGAACUCCCACAGCUGCAGCGAAAUGUUGAGCGGCGUCUCAACCUUGACCCUGCUGAACACGGUAAACUGGUUGGUGCGAAUUCUUCGCUCAGGUGGUGCCAUCAUCGUCUGUCUGGGACUCAUCACUGUGAUUGAUCACACAAGGACACGGCUGCACAAUCAUCAGUCGGUCACAGAACUCCAUGGGCAGGAAGAUGAUUCCAAAGAACUCAAACUCGUCCAUCUGCUCUUCCGCCAUGGGCAUCGCACACCAGCCGAUACCUACCCCAAUGAUCCCUACUUCAAUGAAUCCUUUCCACCCUAUGGAUGGGGACACUUGACGAAUUUUGGUAAGAACUACAUGUUCAACACUGGCCAGUUCCUCAGGAGGAGAUAUGAGAAAUUCCUCGGAAGGGAAUAUGAACCAAAUACAAUUUAUGCUCACUCAACAGGAGUUGUGAGAACAAAAAUGUCCCUCCUACUUGUUCUGGCGGGGCUGUGGCCACCCAAAGGAACAGCCAUGGAGUGGAAUCCGCAACUGGAUUGGCAACCAAUCCCAAUUGAAUAUGAACCCCUCAAUGAGGAUUCUCUACUUCUUGUCCGAACUCCCUGUCCAAGAUAUCACGAAGCAGUGGAAGAAGUUCUCAAAUCUCCUGAAGUUGAAUCUCAAAUUGCUCCCUACGUGGAUAUGAUGAAGGAACUCACUGAGAUUACUGGAUUGGAGAUUAAAACUCCCGAUGAUGUGCAAUCAUUGUUCAGCACACUCAAAGCUGAAGAAGAGUACGGAUUGAAGUUACCCGAGUGGACAAAACGCUUCUUCCCAGAUCGCUUGAUACCUUUAACAGAACUCAGCUACAUUUGGAACGUUCAAACGCAGGAGAUGAAGCGCCUCAAGGCAGGUCCCUUCCUCCAGAAACUCGUAGAUGAGUGGAAGGCAGCCUCUGAGGGAACCCUGAAGCCCAAAGAUAGAAAGAUGUACCUCUACACUGGUCAUGAUUCCUCCAUUGUCAACGUCUUGCAUGCUCUUGGUGUUUGGGAUGUUCAGCUGCCGGAUUAUGCCAUAAUGGGAAUUUUUGAGCUUGUUCGUGAUCGUCCAACGGGCAAAUAUGGUGUCCAACUGUACCUCCGCAACUCCACAGCUGAACCAACCCCACUAACCAUUCCCGGAUGCGAAUUCUUCUGCCCCCUCGAGAAGGCUUUUGGGCUCAUUGCUCCAGUUUUACCCAUUAAUCGUGAGGAGGAGUGCAGACCUCGAAAUCCUGACUUUGUGACGCCACCUCCUAGCGGGCCAUAGCAUUUUACUUCCCUUGUUUUGAUACA